AUGGCACUCCUGGGGCGGCCAGGGCUGGGUCCGCUGCUGGCUGUGCUGGCCGCGCUGGUGGCGUCGGGGACAGCGACCCCCCCUGCUCCUCUGUUGACCCUGCUGUCCUCAGGCCAGGGCGCUCUGGACCGCGUGGCGCUGGGCGGCCUGUUAAAUACACUGGCGGACCGUGUGCACUGUGCCGACGGGCCGUGUGGAAAGUGCCUGUCUGUGGACGACGCCCUGGCUCUGGGCAGGCCUGAGCAGCCCGGGGCCCCCUCAGGCCCAGCCCUGGAGCCCAGGCACAUCCCCCGCCUCAGUGCCGCCGCUACCCUCUACCUCAGCGACCCGGCGGGCACCUGUGCCGAGGUCCAGGCUGGCCGCUGGGCUGCCCGCGCCGACCAGCUCCUGGUCCUGCUCGAGAGCCCUCAGGCCCUGAGCCCGGCCCUGACCAGGCUGCUGCAGCGGAUCCAGACCCACGCCGCUGGCCGGCCCGCUUCUCAGCAGGCCUGUGUGGACCUGCCUCAGCUGCUGGCAGAGGCGGCAGGGGUGGGGGCUCCCGGCAGCCCCGGCCCGGUGCUGGCUGCCCUGCUGGACCACGUCAGGAGCGGCGCCUGCUUCCAUGCCCUGCCGACUCCCCAGUACUUCGUGGACUUCAUGUUCCGGCAGCACAGCAGCGAGAACCCCAACAUCACCCUGGACGAGCUGGCGGCCUUGAUGGAGCGCCUGGGGCUGGGCGGAGCGACGGAGCCCCACGACAGCCACAGCGAUGACAGUCCUCUGGGAAAGGGCCAGGGCCCUGUGCUCCUUGCUGCCCCCAACAGCAGCGCCAGUGCAUGGGACACGCUGUGCCUGAGUGCUCGAGACGUCAUGGCUGUGUACGGAAUGUCUGAGCAGGCCGGGGUGACGCCGGACGACUGGGCCCGACUGAGUCCAGCUCUGCUCCAGCAGCAACUGAGCGGGGCCUGCAGCCCCCAGCCCACGCUCCCCACCCAGGACCGGCUCAGCCAGGCCAACAGGUACCUGUACGGCUCCCUGGCCACGCUGCUGAUCUGCCUGUGCUCCCUCCUCGGGCUCGUGCUCCUCAGCUGUGCCAGAUGUAGCGCCACCUCCCACUACGUCAUCCAGGCCUUCCUGAGCAUGGCUGUGGGCGCACUCACCGGUGACGCCCUCCUGCACUUGAUGCCUAAGGUGCUGGGGCUGCACGCCCAUGACGGGGAGGACCUUGGUUUCCAGCCCACCUGGCACCUCCUAGCUGUGCUGGGUGGGCUCUAUGCCUUCUUCCUGUUCGAGAGCCUCUUCAACCUCUUGCUGCCCCUGGACCCUGAGGUCAGGUGCUUGGGGGUUGGACGUGGUGCGGGGAGGGAUGGGAGAGGCUUGGUGGAUCCUGAGCCGCUGUCCCCACAGGACCCAAAGGAUGGGGCCUGCAGUCAUGGCCACAGUCACGGCGGCCACAGCCAUGGCAUGUCCCUGCAGCUGGCGCCCAGCAACCUCCGGCAGCCAAAGCAGCUCCACGAGGGCUCUCGCGCAGACCUGGUGGCGGAGGAGAGCCCCGAGCUGCUGAGCCCGGAGCCCCAGAGACUGAACCCAGAGCUGAGACUGCUACCCUACGUGAUCACGCUGGGCGACGCCGUGCACAACUUCGCCGACGGGCUGGCAGUGGGCGCCGCCUUUCUGUCCUCCUGGAAGACGGGGCUGGCCACCUCGCUGGCCGUGUUCUGCCACGAGGUGCCCCACGAGUUGGGGGACUUCGCAGCCCUGCUGCACGCGGGGCUGUCGGUGCGCCGAGCGCUGCUCCUGAACUUGGCCUCGGCGCUCACGGCCUUCAUCGGCCUCUACGUUGCGCUCGCGGCCGGCGUAGGCGAAGACGGCGAGACCUGGAUCCUGGCGGUGGCCGCCGGCCUCUUCCUCUACGUGGCGCUCUGCGACAUGCUCCCGGCCAUGCUGAACGUGCGCGACCGACGGCCCUGGCUCCUCUUCUUGCUCCACAACGUUGGCCUGCUGGGCGGCUGGACCGUCCUGCUGCUGCUGUCGCUGUAUGAGGAUAACAUCGCCUUCUGA